GUGAUUUCUGGGUAUGUAGGAAUUAACAACAGAAUAUAAAAAUGGAUGAUCAAAUGGAAAAAGCAUAUAUGAGAAGAGAUACAGCAGGAAAUGUCGUAGUUGAUCAAAAUGGAUAUAUAAAAUGUAUGUCAGAAGGAGGAUUGAAAUUUAAAUUACUUCAUAAAGAUAUUGACUUUGACACCGAAAGUAUAUGCUGCAAAAUUAAUAAUCGCAACAUAUUAAUUCAAUUACAUAACAAUGUAAGCCACGAAGAAACAAUGAAUGAAGAAAAUAACAAUGCAAUGGUCAGUAAUGAAGAACCCUACCAGUUUGAAGAAAUAAUUUCAGAAAAUUCAUUUCAUUGGUCUGAUGCCAGUACAAAGUUAUUUUUACAAUUGUACAAAGAUUAUAAAGAACUAGUUGCACAAAGAAAAAUUAAAACUAAAAAAAUUAUGUGACAAAAGAUAUCGGAAAAGAUGACACUUCAAGGAUACAAUGUGUCUACACUACAAGUUGAGAAUAAAUAUAAAUCCUUAGAACGCUCAUACAAAAAUAUAAAAAAUCAUAAUAAUAAAACUGGAAGAAACAGGUUAUCCUGUCCUUAUGAGAUGGAAUUAACUGAAAUGUUAGGUGGAAAACACAAUAUUGAACCAUUACUAUUGUCUGGAAAUAAAGGUGUCAUUUAUCCAAAUUCUCAGAAAGCAACCGUAUCUUCAUCUACAUUACAGAUCAGUGCAGAUAAGGAAAAUGUUAUAAAUGAAGACAUAGUAAGCACGAAACCAGGGUUUAACGAGGAAUCAUAUGAUGAAAUUAUGAUUGAUAAUAGCACAGAUAGCAAAGAGACACCCAAGACAAGUAAGAAUUACACAAAAAGAGGGGCAACAGCACGUGUGUUACAUACGUUGAAAGAAAAUGUGGAAAAAUUAUCAAAUGACAUGUGUAAAGAAAGUGAAAAUCGGAGUACAGUACAACAACAAAUAUUGGAAGAACAACAGAAAAUAAGAAAGGUGUAUGAAGAAUUCUUAGAAAAAACAUAUGAGCAAACAAUUAAAGCAAAUGUAUUACGCGAGCAGCGCAAUAAUAUUUUAAAAGAAUUAAUACAAAUAUCGAAAGACAAUCACUAAAAUGUCACAGUAUUACACACGUAUUCAGAAAUACUAACGAGUCCCUUUCACUUUUUGUUUUUUUUGUAAGUAAUCAAUUUUAGUCCAUUUUUUUUUUAAAUUUGAUCACAUUUUCUUUUUUUGUUUACAAAUUGCUCGCGGAUUACUUGAAGGGACUCAGAUAAUAAAAUAACUAUACAGUUUUUUUAAGAAAGCUUGAAUUGAGAGAUACUAUAUCUAGGAUGCUUUCCAGCUACGACACAUGU